AUGCAUGAAGAAACAGAAGAAGAAAAUCGAUAUACAACUAGAUACAAAGAUCAGUUAAAUAAAGUGCAAAAUGAUGAUAUUAUUAAUAAUAGGUUAGUAUUUGGAGCGGAACAUAUAGUUAUUAAGAGAUCAAUAAUCGAAAAUAUAGAGCUUAUAAAUGAAAACAUUCCAAAAGAUAUAAAGUUUGAUACUUGGAAGCUAGUAGAAGGAUUUUUUGCUGAAUAUGAUAUAUGA